AUGAAGAACUUUGAAGUUCUCUUCUCCAUCUUCAUCAUAGCUAUGACGAUGUUUGCGAAAGAUCCAUUGCUUCCGGACACCUCUUCCGGACACCUCACCAAGGACGAAAGUGGAUCGUCUCAUGGCAACAUGCAGUGGAUGGACUCUACUGUCCAACAGGACCAAGAAUUGAAUCACAAUCCAAAACCAUGGUCCAGCUCAAUUGGAGGUUCCAUCGCCGGAGGAGAUGCGCUUCCAACACCAUGGACCAGCUCAGUUGGAGGUCCCAUCGCCGGAGGAGAUGCGCUUCCAAAACCAUGGUCCAGCUCGAUCGGAUGUCCCAUCGCCGGAGGAGAUGCGCUUCCAAAAGCAUGGUCCAGCUCAAUUGGAGGUCCCAUCGCCGGAGGAGAUGCGCUUCCAAAAGCAUGGUCCAGCUCAAUCGGAGGUCCCAUCGCCGGAGGAGAUGCGCUUCCAACACCAUGGACCAGCUCCAUUGGAGGUCCCAUCGCCGGAGGAGAUGCGCUUCCAACACCAUGGACCAGCUCAAUUGGAGGUCCCAUCGCCGGAGGAGAUGCGCUUCCAACACCAUGGACCAGCUCAAUUGGAGGUCCCAUCGCCGGAGGAGAUGCGCUUCCAACACCAUGGACCAGCUCAAUUGGAGGUCCCAUCGCCGGAGGAGAUGCGCUUGAGAUAAUUUUAAAGUUUUGGAUGUGUUAUUUUACAAAAAGUGGUAAUGACAUAUUUUCUACUUCAAACGGUGAGAAAUCCUUCUCUCAGAUUGAUCUGGCCGCAGCAUUUUUUUUUCAGAUUGAACUUGAUGAGCGUACAAAGAUUAUCUGGGUGCAAUGGUCCACCAUUCGGAGUCCAAUCAGCUUCAGGAUCGUCCCAGCAGGUAUUCGAUUCGAUGAUUACUGCGCGUGUUUUUUUCUGUGCCUAUCAAUGUUCAAAAAUUGUAUUCUUAUUCUGCUAAUUGUUUCAAAUAAUCUGAAUGUAUUCAACGCUAUUCAACUUAUUAUCUUUGAUAAUUGGCCUGCGUCUCAAAAUGUGUGUCAAUCGGCCGUCGAUGAUGCGAGAGCUAAUGCAAUGUGCACUACUAAAUCUAUUCAAAUAAAUCGCCAGCAAGGUUGUGCAGGAGAUAAUAGUGUCAAAGCGGCAUCUUAUGCUAUAAACGCCGUCGCCUCUAAAACCACUGGGGAAUAUGAUUUUGUUUUUGUUGGCCCAACGUGUACAACCGAUAUUCGUACAAUAGGCGAUUUCGCGGAAAUAUGGAAGUCUCCUGUGAUUGGAUAUGAGCCUGUUUUUGAGGAGCGUGGCGUUCAAGAACUGACAUCGGUUAUUAAUGUGGCUCAAUUUUCGGUUGGCGGGGUUGCCGAGACGCUUGUUAUUCUAAUGAGAGAGCUGAACCAAACCGAGAUAUCUCUUGUGGGAUCGGUGAAAGUGAUGCCUAACGGACUAUCACUCGCCAAUGAUAUUAAGGCAUAUAAUAAGAAGUGUGGAACAUGCCAAGUGUCGGAUCACUAUGAAAAUUUGGGAGGGUGGAAAGCAGACCUAGAUUGA